AUGGACGAAUGUGAAUGCUUAGCAGAGUUUCGAUUUGAAGAGCAGCAUAUUCCACUUCUCGCUGAAGCAUUGAGAAUCUCGGCUUACUUCAUUACGGAGGAAAGAAGCCGAAUCAGAGGCAUAGAAGGGUUGACGUGUAUGUUUCUAAAGAGAGUGGAUUAUUCAUGCCGUUGCAGUGACAUGAUCCCUCGAUUUGCUCGUCCAGUCCCAGUGUUGAGUAUGCAUGGUCACAAACAAGGUCAUAAAUCACCUUUGCCAAACUCAUGGCCAUCGAUUAACACAAUGGAAUCAUAUACUAUUCUCCACCCUCAAGCACAUGAGCAGUAUGCUGAAGCAGUUCAUAAUAAAGGCAUUCCAUUACAAAAUUGCAUAUAUAUAUAUAUAUAUAUAUAAUAUUUUAUAUAUAUCAUAUAUGAGUAGAGUGUUCAAAACAGUAGUAGAGCUGAUAAGAUUAGAUGAUUAGAAGACAAACUUGAAUUACUUCAUAUGAACUUUAUUUCACUUUAUUUUAUUUUAUAUAUAUAUAUAUAUAUAUUUUAUAUAUAUAUAUAUAUAUAUAUAUAUAUAUAUAUAUAUAUAUAUAUAUAUAUAUAUAUAUAUAUAUAUAUAAUAAAGAUGCCUAGUGGAUUUUGUUGAUUUGUUGUACCUUAAUUUAAAAAUUUAAAUAUGCUCUGGUUUUCCAUUGAGCACUUUGCCAAAAGUUUUUAUAACCAACAAAACCAAAUUAUAUAUAUAUAUAUAUAUAUAUAUAUAUAUAUAUAUAUAUAUAUAUAUAUAUAUAUAUAUAUAUAUAUAUAUAUAUAUAGAGAGAGAGAGAUAUAUAUAUAUAUAUAUAUAUAUAUAUAUAUAUAUAUAUAUAUAUAUAUAUAUAUAUAUAUAUAUAUAUAUAUAUAUAUAUAUAUAUAUAAAUUUUAGGUCAAUUAAUUGUAAACUUUCUGUAUAAUACUGUUUGCACACAAAAAUGGAAUUUGAACUUGUUUGCACUUAAAAUGCAAUUUGACUUGUUGCUGUAUUAGCUGCAUGAGCACAAUUUAUUAAAUGCAUGACUAAUUUUGUGCAUGAUUGAUUUCUUUACAAAAAUGUUUACCUGAAAGGCUACUAUGGCGCAUAGUCUGACACAACACCAGUCAACUUUCUGAUUUAAGGUUGUGCCACAAAAUUAUCUGCGGGUAAUUUCUAGAUAAUCUCACGCCAAUGGGUUUUGAGGAUUUCAGCCAUUUUCUCUUUGCCUGGCUAUAUAAGACACAUCUGAUAUACUUGUACUAGGUAAAACAAUCCUUUCAAAAUCAACUUUGCAUUUGCGAUUUAGGCUACCUUAAUACACUAUACAAGAUAGCUUUCCAUAGCAGCGUGAAAGAAACACCUACUGUAUAUGUAUCCCAUACAGAAUGUACAACUUUGAGAAGCUGAGUGAAACAACAUCUCCUAAAAAGUACACAUAGAUGUUUUUUUCACGUCGCUACAGAAAACUAUCAGGUACAGUGUAUAAACGUCAGAUUAAUAUGAUCCCAUGUAAGUACUCUCCUUCCCAGAGCGAAGCUCUGCUUUGAGAGAGGUUCAGAGCGGUAAUCUCUUCUUUUAUGAUUACGGUAGCACAGAUGUUUAGAGGACAACUUGAUAUAGUAGAAUAAAAACUGGUCAACAGUGCUAUUAUAGUCAGGCGUUUUUAUUACAAAUCAUUGCAUGGUUUUGUAGGGCCGUGGUGAACGUGCAUACGACAUAUAUUCUCGACUUUUGAAAGAUCGCAUUAUAACUGUAAUGGGUCCAGUAAGUAAUGCAUUAUUCUAAUACAAUAUUCUCUAACUUAGUAAUUACAUUAGCUUAUUGUUGAUUUCAGGUAACUUUUCAACACGCGGUUCCCAAGUUCGUUGCGAAGUUGCCAAUUACGUUGUUCAUUUCGGAAGUUGGGCGUGAACUUCGCAACAAAGUUUUCAACGAAGUUCGCAAGUUCAUUUCAAAGUUCGAACUUUGAUUGUAAACAAAUGUUCAUAGUUGGAGUUGAAAUUACUGUAUAAGGCCCUAAUCCCUAUGCACAUAUUACUGCAGUAAAAUAUUGGUCCAGUGGUAUCCCAAGACGAAAAUGGCUUUUUAAAUAAAUUUAUAAAUGAAAUUUUUACAUUUGUGUACAAUCGAAGUUCGAACUUUGAAAUGAACUUGCGAAAUUUGUUGCGAAGUUCCCGCCCAACUUCCGAAUUUGGAAACGUAUUAAAAUUGGCAAGUUGACAACAAACUUGGGAACCGCGCUUUGAAAAGUAAUCUGAAAUCAACUGUAAGUCUUGUUCACGCUCGUUGCACGAUGAUGACAAUACCCAGUGGUACACUUGAUGAACAAAACUCCACUUGACGGAGACUACUCCACCUUAUUAAGGAGACUAUUCCACCCGCCAACAGAAUAAAUGCUUCAUAAAGAAGGACCAAUACUUUUGGGUUAUGGAACUCAACACUCAUUUCCACCAGUUGCAAUAGAAUACAGACAUAAAACUGGCUCAAUAGGAUUAAGUGGCUGAUCCAACUCACCCCCCCCCCCAUCCUUCGCAUUAACAGUUCUCGUCUUUGUUGAUACGGCAUAAAUUUUACUUUCAAUUGCCAUAUUUGCAAAUAGAUUUUUAUUCGUAUAUUUAGAUAACAGAUGAUUUAGCAAAUAUAGUUGUGGCACAGCUACUUUUUCUCCAAACAGAAAGUGCAGUAAAACCCAUCCAUAUGUACAUAAAUAGUCCAGGUAAUGGAACGUAACAGUAUUGUUUCUAGUUAAAAUAACUCGUAAAAGAGGCAUAUUCAAAAAACAUGUGGUAUAUAAAAAAAAUAUUUAUUGAGUAACGUUUCGUCACAUUACAAGCGUGAUCAUCAGGCUAAAUACAGUUAAGCUAUUAAUUCGAUUUCCGCCUGGUGUUUCCAUUGCUAGUAUUGUUUCUUUUGUGUCAAGCUGAUUCAUUUACGAAAUGUUUUUUCCGUGGCGAAUUUUGAAUCUAUUUUUCUAUUUGCUUGGUGCGAAACCUGAAUUUGAUUAGCAGAAAACGGACUUAACCGGUUGUUUUCCAAUCUGAGUUUUCUUUUAAAACUGUUUAGGAGGUGCUGUUACCGCUGGCCUGGCAAUAUAUGAUACGAUGCAGGUACAGUUUUGCGUAAAUAUUGCAUGUACAAACACGGACAUACUGUACUGUAGCAAAUUUAUGAAUAAUAAACAUGUAACGCGCUUACGCGCCGAGCACUCUACUGCUUAAAUCAGCAUGCUCACAACAGAGUCAGAGUGAAGAACAAUUUAUUUGGUAGCAUUAGGCUAAUUUAUAUACAGGGUGUCCCAAAAAACCCGAAAGCUAUUGAUUGAAAUAGACGUAUUGGUAGAAUUUGAAUGCCUCAGCACUCUGCUGAACCCACACGUGCAUGAAAGCUUGACGUAAGUAAAUUUUAUGCAUAAAGAAACCGUUUAAGAGCUGUUUUAAAUUCCCAAGAGCAGAAAAUCGUGCGCUUUACAAAGAUAUUUUAAUUUCUUAAUAAGUCAAUAUUUAAUAUAUGCACCCUGUCAAUAUUUUACGCAUCUUUGCGUUCAGCUUAGUGCUAGGGCAUUCAAAUUUUAACAAUACGUUAUUUCAAUGGUUUUGCGUUUUUUUUGGGACACCCUGUAUAGUACAGGUUUGCGUAACGUUCACUAAUAUCUUACAAUUCAUCAAUUUAGGUAACAUGAGAUGCGUACACACCCCAAACGAAAAUACCCCUUUACUAAUUAACAUUAGCAGCGCAACCACAAAUGCUACUAUACUUACACAUGCAACACAACCUGCGCACGCUACAUAACUAUAAGCUCCUCUGCAACGCUGAAACUCUCCAAUUGUGCUUCACGUUACGGAAAAUUGCCCUUCGUCUAACACGUUACUAAAUAUUUGGAUCUAUGUAGUAUAUUCGUCCUCCCAUAUCUACAUGGUGUGUUGGUCAAGCUUGCAGUAUGGCAUCACUACUUCUUGCAUCUGGUGCUAAAGAAUUACGUCAUGCAUUACCUCAUUCUCGUAUUAUGGUACAUCAACCUCACGGUGGAGCAUCGGUAAGUCAUGGUACAGGUAACCUUUGUACCUUACUGUAUUUAUUUUGACUUGUUCUCUGUUAUAUCCAAAUUAUAAACAUACACCUAAGUUAUAUACACGAAAUCCAAGGGAAAUUGACUGCCUUUGACAGGGUCUUGCUACGCAUGGCAUGAUUGACUUAGUAUUAUACUCGUAUGGCGGGGCAUGUUGAUAUUUUUAAUCAUUUCUAGGGGCAAGCCACUGAUAUUGCUAUUCAAGCUCAGGAGAUCUUAAAGUUGAAGAGAAUUAUUAACGAAAUUUAUUCUGAACACACUGGACAGCCCACAAAGAAAAUAGGUAUGAUAUUUGCUAAACUAAACCGAACCAAGACAAACUAACCAAACCAACUUUAUUUAAACUGCUUCAUGCUUAUAGCUGUACCAGUUAAUGCUCAGUUUUCCGUAGUCUAGAUGUGUAGUAAUGCUGUACAGGUCAUCUGGCCCUGCAGUGGCCUAUUUUUCCAGUGAUACUACAGGACUGGCAACCGAACUACAAGAAAAAAAAAACAGAGAUUGUAGAAUUACCCUGGCAGAACUCUUGGUGCAUGCGACAGUUUGAAAAUACAUAUUACAUCAAUGAAAUCGCGGCUACUGCAGCGGUCACAUGCAUGUUAGAUCAAGUACAAUUUCAGAUUUUCAGUGCUUGGUUACAUUUCACAAUAGGCUUGAAAAAGAAUGUUAAUACAUGGUGAAGUGUCAGUUACACAUGUUAGUAGAUUGUGUAAAUGUCAAUUUCACAUGUUCACUGUUUAAAUGCAAAUUGUGAAAUUAUGUGAUAUUUGUUAGCAUGUGAGCUUGUGAAUGACAAGGUGUGGCGGACACUGUGAGGAGGGGGUGGAGGGGGUGGUAGGCGGCAACAUUUCUGAAAGCCUCUGAUUCCUAGACGAAUAAAUGUUUAACAAAGUUUUAACCAUGAAAGCAUUAGUAUGCUAUAAAUUCAGCAUACACAUUGCAUAAAAUAUACGGCAAACGAGUUUAAAAACUGUCAUUUCCAGCGAUUCUUAAAAGGUGAUCAUAUGGUGGUGGCGACCUUUAAGAUCUCCUUGUAAUUUUCUGUAUACAUUUAAUAAAUUAUUUUUUCUUGCAGAGGAAGCUUUAGAAAGAGACAAUUUUUUAUCUCCAGAAGAAGCGAAGGAAUUUGGACUUAUCGACCGUGUUCUUUCUCAUCCUCCGGGCAAUAAUGACUCUAAUCUCGAGGAAAAACCGUCUUAGACAUACUUUACCACAUAACUAACCACCACUGAGCUAAUCACGUGUGAUUUAAAAAUCAUUUGAUUUACCCGCGCUAACCCGCUAAAUUAUAAAACACCUGGGGCCGGUUGUUCAAAGCUGGGUUAGCUUAAUUAACCCUGGGUUCACCUAAAAUUCAAAGCAAAUUGCCUGACAGCUUGUCCAUAAAUUUGGAAAUAUUUCUUCAGAGAUGUUGUUUGGAUCGACCAGAGUUUACUUCUCUGAAGUUUUGAAAUAAACAAACGUGUAUAAAUACACAAACUAAAACAGCAGGUUAAAUUUUAACCCAGGGUUAGCGCUAAUCCACCUUUGAACAACUGGACCCCGAAGAUUAGGGUAUUAUAGCCAUUGAUCGUUUUUAAUCAACUGGAUUGUUGUCAAAGGCAGUAGCCAUUGAUCUCAGAAAGUGCGUCACUUAUAAUUGGCUAUAGAGCCUCGUUUUCAUAUUUGUGACAAUAGUUUUCAUAUAAUAUUAUGCGACAUUGGCCCAACAUCUGUCACGAAAACAAGGCUCUAUAUCAACAUGGUUAGACCUCAUACUCGUGAGUCCCACGCCCCCAUUGAAGUACAUGGUUGCUUAUUGUAGACCUUUGCUUACUAUAAAUGGAAAACAAUACAUUAAAAUAUUUAUCAAAA